UACGGUAUGAUUCGUAUAGUAUGUGUGCAUGGAAGUCGCCAUAUUGAGGUAUGCAGUGUGAAAUUAUACCAAAUUGGAGAACUUUUUAGUGUUGCUAGCAGGCUAGCUCGACUGACAAUAUGUAUGAUGUGGCGAUUAUAUGUUGCAGCUAUUCCACUUGUGUGGUUUUAUCUGGUUUCCAUCACUUACGGUAGCACAAAUGAUACUGUUGUUCCUAGGCAGAAAGCUGGUCAGACUGUCCUGGGUAACCACACAACAACUCAAGAUGGCAGCAACACUAACCACAACACAGAUGCCCUGCCACCUACCACAUCCACAACAUCGUAUGCCACCGACACGGCAUCCAAAUCAGACUCUACUGCCAAAACCCCGCCACAAGUUGCAAAAGACGCAACAAGAACUAAGCCGCCAUCACCACCGGCGGCGGCGACAUCACAGACAUUGCGCUCGACGCUGUCCGCAAGAACAAUAUUAAGUGAAAGCAUUAUUAGAACUAUAACCACAAAAGCUAUUGGCAAUCAGACUCCACCAACCCCUGCGGUUGGAAACAGAAUGAAAAGUACUAGUGAAAAAGAUUAUUUAUUAACCGAUGUAACAACAAUUAGUGUUCCUUUUGGAGGAGAAGAAGAAGAAACAGGACAAGAUGAACUGCCGAGACCACCUUUAGAUUCCAUCACAGGUUCAAGACCAGUGAUUGAGAAGAGUGGGCUGAAGGACAAGACCGUUGAAUUAGGGGAUGAUGUCCGACUGACGUGCCAUGUUCAGAGUGUCCGUCCUUCUGAGAUCUGGUGGGAGUUCAACGGGAUAGCCAUCGGUCAAAGUGACUUCUUCUCAAUAAAGACCAAGCCCAGGGCUAGCUCACUCAAAAUAAAUGGAGCUAGUUUGGAGCAUGCUGGUAGCUACACAUGCAAGGCAAGGAAUGAGUUUGGUACUACAGUAUCUCCUGACAUUCAGGUGGUGGUUCUAAUGGCACCCACAUUUAUAAAGGGGCCUGGUAACCACAGCGUAGGCUAUGGCCAGCUGUUGAAUCUCAGCUGUACGGUAGAAGCCUACCCACCUCCCAGGAUAGCUUGGUUCAAGAACACGGAACCUCUUCCACAAUGGACUGGUAAGGAAAUGAUCGUCAUAAACGUGACAGAGUCGGCGACAUACUCUUGCUUCUACCGGAAUGUUAUCAAGGACGAGGAUAAGUUUGCAGCCCGAUAUGGAGUGGUUACUGUGACUGGAGUCCGUCCCAGUUACUGUGCUGCUUACAACGGAGCAACCUGCCGUUCACAGCUGCCAUCCAGUCCUUACUAUAUCUUUGUGAAUGGUCACGGUGACGAACCCCUUACCUUGGAUAGCAAGCUUUCUGAGAUCCUGUCUAGUAAGACGAUGAUGAACAUGCCCGAAGACUGUCAGGCGGGGAUCAGAGAGCUCCUGUGCCACGGUACGCAUCCAAAGUGCGAAUUGGUCGGCCAGAAACCUAGAGGACAGAAAAUCUGCAAGGAGGAUUGCGAGAUCGUUCAGAGCAGAUGUCCAGACUGGGCUCAGCUGGUCAACCGUUUUCUUGACCCUCUACCGGACAAGAUUCGUAGUCUUGGGUUGAGCUCAUGCGAGAAUCUACCGGAAAACUAUUGCACGUCACUGUGGCCUCUUAAUGACACAAGCCAACCUACAACAGCAGCUUCCCCAAGAGUUCCUACAUCACCAACAACUAGGAUCAUACCUACCACUCAGUCAGUAAGACGCACACCGAGUGGUUUAGGAGAGGAUCCUCGAGAUACUGCGGAACAGGAUCCAUUCAUAUUUCUUAUUCUCGUCAUCACAAUACCCAGUGCUGUUGUCAUUCUGAUUGGAGUUAGCGCUUUGGUCUUUGGCGUCAGACACUACCGAGGUAUCUCAAAGUUCACCCUCCCCAAGAACAUUGAUCUGAGUGGGAUGACGGAGAAUCCAAUGUACGGCAAGAACUUCAACACCAGCUUCAAUCCCCAGCUGGCGUACCUGGAGUACGAUAGGAACAGUGUUAUCUAUGAAAAGGACAUCGGUGAGGGUGCCUUUGGAAGGGUCUUUAUGGCUACGGCACCGAAGCUGGUGAAGGGGGAAGCGGAGACCGGUGUCGCGGUCAAAGUACUCAAGACGACCGCUGACAAGGGCGUGACAGAGUAUUUCAAUCGGGAGGCGCAGAUGAUCGCCAGGUUUUCCCACCAGAACAUCAUCAAACUAUUGGGUGUGUGCUUUGUCGGGAGGCCGCUGUGUCUCCUCCUGGAGUACAUGUCGGAAGGAGACCUGGAGGAUUUCCUCCACUCCAGGAGCCCUCACCGCUCCAAUUCAAGAACUUCAAACAGCCCAGGAAGCGGGCUGAAGACGUAUGAAAAGCUCAACAUGGCAAAGCAGAUUGCGUGCGGCAUGGCUUACCUGAAUGAGAUGAUGUUUGUGCACAGAGAUAUUGCCACUAGGAACUGUUUGAUCAACAGCAGAAUGGAUGUUAAGAUAUCAGACUUUGGCCUGGCGAGGUACGUCGGUCACAAGGAAUGCUUUGUAGGUCAUAAAGAGGAACACAUCCCGAUUAGAUGGACAGCACCGGAAGCAUUAUGGGAUUAUCAGUUCACGUUUGCGUCCGAUGUCUGGUCUUUCGGUGUGCUCCUGUGGGAGUUGUUCUCCUACGCAGAGCAACCAUACCUGAACCUGUCGCACGAGGACGUCUUCUUACACACGCGUCAAGGCUACAGGUUGAGCAACCCUGAGAACACCCCUCAUAAGGUUCACCAGGUCAUGACUGACUGCUGGGAUGCCAACCCUUCUAAUAGACCAUUCUUUAAACAACUCAAAGACUCACUUGCCAGCAUGGAAUGUGAAUGGCUAGCAAAUGGCAAAGAGACUCAAUCUCAAUGAAAUGAUCAAACUAAGACUCACAAUACCACAUGUGUAUUAGAGCAUCCAAAUCUUUUAUAGAAAUAUUUAUAUCAUUUUGUGUUCACACCUAUAUUAUGUAACAUGUGAGUCUGUCUUUUCAAUUAUAUUGAUUCCUAUCUUUGAAUUAAGGAGAGGGUGUCACAACAAUAAAAAUUAAUUUGGAUUAGAUUGGAUCAUUCAUGGAACUUCAUAAAUUGUUGCAUUCUUGGCGAGCUAUUUCAGGAAUGAAAACAAGUAUUCAAUGUCAAAGUCAAAAGAAAAUCUUUUGAGUUGGCUAAAUUUCAGUUUCAAUAAGAAGUAAGUCCAUCGUCUUGUCUAAGUGAUGUAUGUGUUGGUCUCAAAUUUACAUUUUGUAUACAAACCACUGAUGAAUAGUACUGCACAAUGUGUAUUCCAUUAUUUGUAUUGAGACGAUGUUUUUUUUUACCAUGUUAAAAAAUAUGUGAAUGCAUGUAAGCCAGCAACCAGAGGACCUAAGGCUUAGGUCCUCUCAGAGGGACCUGGUAAGGAGGAUAAUUGACUUGUCAAAGGGCACAAGCGCACCAUUUAGGAAUCUAACCUGGGUCAUUAGAUUGAGAAACCACCGCUCUUCCGACAGAGCUAACACAAUUCGAGAAAUACUUGUUUCAUUUAUCUUAGUAUUUUUGAUGCUGCACUUUGUUGAUUAGAAUGUCUUUCAUUGUUUGGAUUGUAAAGUAUUCAAAUUCAAUUAAUUUUCCCUCAAAAUGAAAUAUACAAAAUCACUGUUUUUAAUGAUUUACUUCCCAUAGGGACAUUGUCUUGAAUGCUAGCAUGUAUGAUUGGGGAAAAGUACUGAAAAUGUUUACAUAAUUUUUCGAUGUAUUAUGUGGUGUCGUUCCUGAAAGCUAUUCGUUUACACCUAAAUUGGCAACAUAUUGAUAACGAUAAAAUCACUGAAUUAAAAAAAUUGACAACUGAUUAAAAUACUGCUAUUAUCAUACAACUUGAUGUUGUAUACAUAUGUUUUCAAAGUAUUGAAAAUGAAUAGAAAAAUUAACCAUUGUUGCCGAUUUGAGGAGCGUAGCAGAUUAAAUAAUGUUGAUUUGAUAAAGCUGUAUGGUUAAACAUGUCUGGAAAUGGUGCAGAAAUGAUAUUAUCAAUGCUUUAAGCUGCAGCUGUCAGUGAUACUGAUUCAUUCCACGUUUGUAAGAAAAAAAAAGAUUGGUGCUUAUUUUUAUAUUUGACUUCUUACAUGUUGAGUGAUGUUACUCUAAAACCCUCUUCAUAUGUAGUACAUU